GUCAGAAUGGAGUGUGACAGGCACCGCACGCGCCCUGUCACGGGGGGCGUGCCUGCGGCCCGAGACACUGCGACUCGCAUCCGCCACCGACCACGACGACGUCCGCGACAAUGUCCACGCCCGACCAGCAGGCCCAGCUGCUCUUCCCCCCGAAUGUCCAGUACAACGCCUCGCGUAUCUACUCCAUCAAGUUCCUCUCGUCGUGCUUUGCCGGCGCCGUUGCAGGCGUCCUCGGGCUCGAGAACAGCCUCGGCUUCGCGCUCUUCAUCCUCGCAACGCUGCUGACCUCCGCGUGUCUGUACGUCAAGUGCAAGGGAAGACCGGCGAAGUACAUCCCCGGUGGUUGGUGGGAGCUCGUGAAUCCUGGCCAGGAGAACAUCUCCUCGUUCAUCCUCGUGUGGACGCUAUUCUAUGGUAUAGUGCACGUCUACGAUUGACCCUCUGCACCCUGAUUCCAGCGCAGUCGAGUCCGCAACCUGUAUAUGUCAGGCCCUUCCACGAGCUCCGGCGAUACACAGCGUGGUGUCCGUAUCUUGUGGCGCUACUAAACAGAAGGUCACUGUGCAGGAUUCCAGCUUCCUGUGGCCUGAGGCCUGAUCUGUCGGUUUGUCCGAUCGGUCUACGGCCCACGACGUCCUUCGCAUGCCAUGUGUACUCUGCCGAAAUUAUCGAGCGCGAGACGAAGCUCGCGUCUUCGACUUCGCGACCCUUGCUGUACAGGUAUCUUGCCUACAUUGAACAGGUAUGCGAUCGUAUGUACACGAUCUGUCAAGAACAGGAGUCUCCGAGUUUCGGGGUGAUGGCGCUCAAUCGACCACCUCUGUUCCUAUUC